GACCCCAGAAAUGCAUCAACUGUGUAAUGAAUUAGUAUUUCACUUUCAGAACCAUUUUUGACAAUCCUUUACCACUGUUGCCAGAUGGAAUUUUCGACAAAAUGACAAACAAUACUAAGGUAUUAUUGACGUGUAAAAAUCUUCUCCAGCUGCCUCGAGGAAGAGAUAUGGCGACAAUAGAAUGUGCUCCUUCGACUUCGCUGCAUGUUACUUUAUCUGGAGAACAAAGCUCCUUCCGAGCUGGCUGGAAACGCUCAGGCUUUGAAUGCCGUGAUUGUGACUCACACCAUGUACCUACUUUUCCGCACAGAGACUCCAGUUGCGCUGAUUGCAGUCUCUGUUCCGUUGGUAACUAUACCAGUGAAACAGGCUGUGUCGAGUGUCCUGCAGUAUUCUUUGCAUUUAACCCUUUCACUCCCAAGAUCUCAUUAGUAAUUCCUCCUACUGUUUGUCAUUAA